AUGGUGGGUUUGCAUUUAGUAUGAAAAAAAAAAUCGCCGAGCUUUUUCUACUGGGGAGCAAUAGGGAGAGCUAGGAGGCAGUGCUUCGAAUCCGAGGAGAUCGCCGGCGGCGAAGCUAAGGCUAUCGAUGGGACGGAAAUUCCGGUGCUCCGGUAAAGGGACCGGUCGAUCUCCGAGUGGGCGUCGGUUUCUGGGAGUUCGGAUUUAAAUUUCCGAGCGGUUUGAUCUCGCAACGUUAAGUGCGGACCGCUGCUGCUCCCUCGUGGAUCAGUCUGCCCUCCUCCGGAUCCCCUUCUCUCUUGGCGCGAGCGGUUAGUGAAGGUUCCUUUGCGGAGAUGGAGUCUGGUGAUGGAGUUGAAGUGGAGCUUAUUAAAGGAUCUCUGGAAAUAUUUCCGGAGGCCAACGGAUUUAGUUCUCAAGUAAACAAGGAGAACGGAAUUGUAGAAUACGGUGCUGAUGCUGUUCUUGCAAGCAGUAGCUCUGAGGACACAUCAAAAGUCGAAGUCCCUGAUUUCUCUGAAGACAGGAAAGAAGACUCUGAAUCGAUUAAGGAGAAGAAAACAUCAAAUUCCACCAAGAAAGGUGGAUCUGAUGCAAUUAGUCAAAUCAAGAAGACAAAGCAAGGUUCCGGUCUUCUAAAUGGUUCUCUGGGUGAAGCCCACGAGAAAAGGAAGGCUCUUUCACAGAGUUUAUCCUUUCCUUCUAAAGGGUCACGUAAGACCUUAACUUCCACAAGGCAGGCUAGAGUUGCAUCAUCAAACACAAAUGGCCAUCUUACUGCUAAGAUUACUGCAUCGGGUGUUCAGAAAACAUCGGCAAUGAACAAGGACUUAGGAGAGGCAAUUAUUAGUGAAAAAUUUCCUAUAAAUUGUCCUUCUGCAGAAGAUGGAAAGGCAUAUGAUGUCAAAACAAAAUUCUCAGAUAGCUCAUUUUCAACCAAAAAGGAUGAUGAUGCCCACUCCACUGCGUCAAGUACAACACCACGUGCAAGAAAGAGCACUGGCUGUGGUUUUAAUUUUAGGUUGGAUAAGCGUGCUGAGAAACGCAAAGAGUUUUUCACGAAGCUGGAAGAGCAGAAUCAUGCAAAGGAACUUGAGAAGACCAACUUGCAGGCAAAAUCUCAGGAAAAUCAAGAGGCUGAGAUUAGACGAUUGAGGAAGAGCUUGAACUUCAAAGCCACUCCAAUGCCAAAUUUUUAUCAAGAACCUAGUCCUCCCAAAGUUGAAUUGAAGAAGAUCCCUCCCACACGCCCCAGGUCACCAAAACUUGGGCGUCGCAAAUCAUCUGUCUCUGCAAUAGACAAUCCGUCAGAAGCUGCCAACUCAUGUGAGAAUUCGACCAAAUCCAAUGACAUUGCCGCAACCAGCAAGGGUCAGGCAAAUGACAUAUCUUCCAAGAACCCAAAGCAAAAGGUACUCACCAAGCUCCCAUCCCAGAAAUCGAAAACUAGCAGGGCGGACAAAAAUGUGCGAAACUCCAAGCCUAAGGUCGAGAUGCUUCAGAUAGAGAACUCCACAGAGCAUGUAGCAGAGCCAAUUUCUCCCGAGGACAAUACUGAGGAAGGUGAGGCAGUGGCUAACCUCCCUGAAGCCGAAAUCAUGCACCAACAGGUUUCAGUGCUGGGUUAAGUAGCUGUUGAAUCUGCCAUACUCUUAAUUGUUAAUUUUGUGGCCGUUUGUGAAUAGAGAGGUGUGUGCUACUUGAAAAGGUAUGGUUCCUGAUCUUUGUUGCAAAUUUCCUUGUUUCCAAUUAAUCGAUACACUCCAAGAGACAUGCACAUCGUUCAUAUGUUCUGUUGUUUGAUUGAUUUAUGGUAAAAUGUUUAAGCGUA